AAAAAAUCAGUCAGGAUUGCAGCGAUGUCAGUUCAGGUUGUUGCUGCGAAAAUGGCUGAGGUCGAACUAAAAGACGUGAAUAAGAAAGAAUUACCCGUGGUGUCGCCCGUGGCACCUAAGGUGGAGGAAAAGGGGUCUGGAAAUAACGAGUCUAGCGUUUCGCUUAAUGCUAACUCUCCUGCGGCGGAGACUGGUGUGCGGUGCGAGCCGACUGUGGUGAGCCCUAACCCGGUCAAGCUUCCUCAGGCGUCCGCGAUGAAGCGACCGGACCCGCAGCAAAACGGCGGAGAGGCUUUCGUUAACAGCGAUGGCACCGUGGCCGAGGCUCCGCGCAUGAAAAAGCAAAUACAGUUUGCUGACCAGAAGCAGGAGUUUAACAAGAGACCCACCAAGAUUGGCCGUCGUUCCUUGUCUCGCUCCAUCUCUCAGUCUUCUACAGACAGCUACAGCUCAGCUGCCUCCUACACCGACAGCUCCGAUGACGAAACCUCUCCUCGGGAUAAGCAGCAGAAGAACUCCAAGGGCAAUGGAGACUUCUGCAUUAAGAACAUCAAGCAGGCCGAGUUUGGUCGCAGAGAGAUCGAGAUUGCUGAGCAAGAGAUGCCAGCUCUCAUGGCUCUGAGGAAGCGGGCUCAGGGUGAGAAGCCCCUGGCUGGAGCGAAGGUGGUGGGAUGCACUCACAUCACAGCCCAGACUGCUGUACUGAUGGAGACUCUGUCUGCCCUGGGGGCUCAGUGCAGAUGGGCUGCCUGUAACAUUUACUCCACUCAGAAUGAGGUGGCAGCUGCCCUGGCAGAGGGAGGUUUCUCAGUGUUUGCAUGGAAGGGGGAAUCUGAGGACGAUUUCUGGUGGUGCAUCGAUCGCUGUGUGAACGUGGAAGGUUGGCAACCCAACAUGAUUCUGGAUGACGGUGGAGACCUGACUCAUUGGAUCUAUAAGAAAUACCCCAACAUGUUCAAGAAGAUCAAAGGCAUUGUGGAGGAAAGUGUGACUGGGGUUCACAGGCUGUACCAGCUGUCUAAGGCCGGGAAACUGUGUGUGCCUGCCAUGAACGUCAAUGACUCCGUAACCAAGCAGAAAUUUGACAACCUCUACUGCUGCCGGGAGUCCAUAUUGGAUGGCCUAAAGAGGACCACGGAUGUGAUGUUUGGAGGAAAACAGGUGGUAGUCUGUGGAUAUGGUGAGGUUGGAAAGGGCUGUUGUGCUGCUCUGAAGGCAAUGGGCAGUAUUGUAUAUGUCACAGAGAUUGACCCUAUCUGCGCCCUGCAGGCUUGCAUGGAUGGCUUUAGACUGGUCAAGUUGAAUGAGGUGAUCAGACAAGUGGACAUUGUCAUUACCUGCACAGGUAAUAAGAAUGUGGUGGUAAGAGAAAACCUGGACCGGAUGAAGAACGGCUGCAUCGUCUGCAACAUGGGUCACUCCAACACUGAGAUUGAUGUGGCCAGUCUGAGGACCCCUGAGCUGACCUGGGAGCGGGUGAGAUCACAGGUGGACCAUGUGAUCUGGCCUGAUGGGAAGAGGAUAGUUUUGCUGGCAGAGGGCCGCCUCCUUAACCUGAGCUGUUCCACUGUCCCCACCUUUGUCCUGUCCAUCACAGCCACAACUCAGGCUCUGGCUUUGAUAGAGCUGUACAAUGCUCCAGAGGGCCGCUACAAACAGGACGUCUAUCUGCUGCCCAAGAAGAUGGAUGAGUACGUAGCCAGUCUCCAUCUGCCUACGUUUGAUGCCCACCUCACUGAGCUGACCGAUGAGCAGGCCAAGUAUCUGGGCCUAAACAAGAAUGGGCCUUUCAAGCCAAAUUACUACAGGUACUAAAUCAUGUCGCCAAUGGGGGAUGAAGUGUGAAAGACGUUAGGCAGACUGAUCAAUCCAGGGGAAGCUGGGGGUUCAGCCUCUCUCUCAGGGGGUGGGAUGGGCUCUGUACUGAUUGGCUGGAGCCAAAGUCAUGGCUACUGCAGUUUUAUUUAUUUUCUGCUAGAAUAACAACUCUAAUCCUUUUCUGAGCUGCUACUGUUAGUGACCCAUUCUAGCACCAUAUUUCUGAGAUUUCAGCCUUUCAUCUUCUUUAGAUUUGUAUCAUUUUUAUGUAAUCACUUUAGAGAUCUUUUCUUUUAACUGUGGCUAUUCUGAUUUUAAAAUCCUUAUUGUUUUUGCUCUUUUAUGAUGUAUGUGUUGGACAUUUGUCCUACUGUCUUUUCUAUUGUUUUUUUUCCUUCCUCUGUCAGGGUUUUUUUCUGUCCAUGCAAAGGUAGCUUAGGAUAAGUUUGCUUGGGUUCUAGGGUCCUAAUCAUAUAUUUUCUUUUGAUCGCAUUAUCCAGAUGUGUUUAUUUUUAUUGAUUUUUACAAACAUUUAACAGUUUCUUUUCCUAUCUUCUGAUUUAAAAUAGGCUAGUUUGAUUUUUAACUGGAUACUGAUAGAUGUAGGGCAGGGCUGUUUACCCAGCUUUCACUCCAACUGGAAAUUAAUUAUUACAAUGGCCAGCUGUCUCAUUGUGUUUCACAAAUGUUUUGAUGUUGACAUAAAGCCAGUAUUGACGUUUUAAUCAUUUCUUCUGUCAUCAUCUCUCAGUCUAGUUCUUGAUUUAUUUUUCACAUUCUGACACGUACAUACCAGGCUGUAUAAUUACGAGCAGGGGGGUGUAUUUAGGUAUUUAUACAGCAAAUACAGAUUUUUCUAUCUUCAUUAACCUUCAGCUCUCAUUGUUCCCAUUGGGUAUUAUAACGAAAGUUAAAUGUUCUAUAAGAAUUUACUGUAAUGUUAAAUGUAUAAAACCUUCAUUUUAUAUACUGUGAAGUAAAUAUUAUGUCAUUUAAAUACCAAAUGUAAAGUCAGACCCAGUGGUUAGUCAGUACCCAGUUUUUGUUUGGUUCUGGCAGAGUCUCAGUUAGGGGAUUAAAUGAAGCUCAAGACACGGAUAAUAACUAGCUUUCCUUUACCAUAAAUCUCCGUGCUUUGUCUUUUUCCUUACUUGAAUCUUUCACAGGAUUAGUAACUAGAUUUUGCCAGUUAUGUUUUAGGGUGGCAAAAUUAAAAUGCAACCAAAAAUUUUGCUUAUGAUAAUUUAAUAGUUAUUUCUGUUGUGCAUUAUUUACUUUUCCUUCUUGUGCUGUCUUGAUUGACAUGACAUUUCCCGUACAAAUAUGGGACAUUACAUUCUCUGAGUGUCCUACAAACAUUGUUAGGUUAACAAUUAUAUAAAGGUCAGAGAAAUGCCAUGUUUAUUAAAAUAAAUGUAGGACUUGAAAGGAUGAAAACACAAGUUCGUUUUUAUUAUUAGGUGCUUACACCGAUCAGCCAUAACAUUAAAACCAUCUCCUUGUUUCUGCACUCAUUUCAUCAGCUCCAUUUUAUCUGAUCCACUCAUACCAGCACAACACACACUAACACACCACCACCAUGUCAGUGUCACUGCAGUGCUGAGAAUGAUCCACCACCUAAAUAAUACCUGCUCUGUGGGGGUCCUGACUAUUGAAGAACAUGGUGAAAGCAGGUUAAAAAAAUUUAUGUAGAGAAACAGAUGGACUACAGUCAGUAAUUGUAGAACUACAAAGUGCUUCUAUAUGGACAGUGAGUGUAGAAACAAGGAGGUGGUUUUAAUGUUAUGGCUGAUCAGUGUAUAAAACCAAACUAUCAUUAAUUCAGCAAUUUUCAGACCUGUUUAUUUUCAUAGUUGACUUUACGCCCCUCAUUAUCUCCUUGUUGUUUUCUUUCACUGCUCUACUUUUUUAUUGACAGUUCAAAGGGUAUAAGCAUUUUUUCCCUCUUAAUGUACCCAGUUCUGUUUAUAAGAGUAAUUAAGUGGAGAAUUUCAUGUCAGUCUACCGAGAGUUUUUACUUAAUGACUUUUGAUUUGAUUCUGUAUAUGAAGGUGCAGGUGUAGGGGUUUGUAGGGUUAUUGAAUAAAAGAUUAGGUCUUUACUGUUUUUAAACCUAAGAAGUGUUCAGCCUCCUCUCUGGUAGGCUUAUUCAGUUAAUAAAAUCAGAGUCUUUAUUUCACUGCUUUUGAAAGGUCUUUAUUCCAGACUGCUGCCAUUCUUGGUACAUCUGUACAUUUCUCAGGUCCAUACUCCUCCUGGUGUCUCUAUUGUUUUAUCUACAUAGAUGCAAGCAUUAAUACAUUGCAUUUUACUGCAGUUUGAUGAUUUCUCUACUGAAAGACACCCGAAUCAACUACAAAUUCCCUGAGAUGGUACAUGUAUUGGAGCAGUGGCAACAAAAAACUGCUGUACUAUGAACCAAUACCUUUCAAAUACCAUUGGUUUUGUUGUACACUUUUCCUAAAUAUAGCAGUGUUAAGCAGGUUGUUGGACUGGCUGGUCCACUUAAGGUGUUCUCAAGCUUUCUUAGCAUUUCAGUACUGCAGCCAUUAGCCAUUAAUGGUACCCAAAUUCCUUUGCAGUUUUAGUAUUUUAUGAUUGAUGAUGAUGAUUCAGAUUAUAAUAGAUGUUAAAUCUGUGUGUUAUUAGUUAUAAUCCCAAAUGUGUGGAAUGUCAGUCCCCCAGUCUACCUCUCUUGAGGCUGCAACCCUUGUGCAACUGAUGUUUCUGGAUUUGUUCCCUUUUUUUGUAUUCAUCUGUAUGUGUAUGUGACGUGUGCUUGGGUGCGCGUGUGUGUGUGUGUGUGUGUGUGUGUGUGUGUGUGUGUGUGUGUGUGUGUUUCUUGGAAAGCCAGAUCUCUGUCACAGUGUUGCCAUUGACUCAGGAUCAAAGCCUGUUUGUAGGGCCGAUAUGAUCAGUGGUCCCAAAGCAGCAUGUGCAUAGAGUUAACACCAGCAUCUCGUAUGGAAACGAGCUUACUAGGAACUAAAUCAGAUCCACUCCUGUAUUUAUUGUAUUCGGUACAAAUAAGAGAAUAUUUAAUGGUAAUUGUUUAAAAUGUUUAAAUAUUGCAAAUGAUAGUAGAUGAGCAAUAAUCAAUAUGUAAUCUGAGAAUUUAAAAUACAAAAAAAAUAAAAAAAAAUAAUAAAAUGUA